AUGGAUUUCGUCUCGUCGCCGGGCAACAUCACGCAGGAGGACUUCCUCGCGAUCGUGGGAGCGAACGGAACGUACGGGGGUGCGGGCGGUGCCGGCGUCGGUGGUACCGCCAUGUUUAACGACUCACUAGCGGCGGCGGCAGCGGCAGCAGCAGCCGCAUCCGCCGGCACGGCCGGUACCGGUGUCGGGCCGGGCGAAAACCUUACCAUCCUGCACGGUGCGUACCCGAGCGGGUACACGCUACCGCACAUCAUCAUCGCAUCAAUUAUCGUGACAAUACUUAUGAUAGUCAUCGUCGUCGGCAACAUGCUCGUCAUCAUUGCGAUCGCGACGGAAAAGACGCUCAAAAACAUCCAGAACUGGUUCAUCGCGUCCCUGGCGGUGGCGGACUUUUUUCUCGGCCUGGUCAUUAUGCCGUUCUCGCUCGCGAACGAACUGAUGGGGUACUGGAUCUUCGGGAACUGGUGGUGCGAUGUGCAUUCGGCGAUGGAUGUACUGCUGUGCACCUCGUCCAUCAUGAACCUGUGCCUGAUCUCGCUCGAUCGCUACUGGAGCAUCACGAAGGCGAUCGAGUACCUCAAGUCGCGUACACCGGCCCGGGCCGCCUUCAUGAUUGCCGCCGUCUGGAUCAUGUCCGCGCUGGUCUGCAUACCGCCACUGCUCGGAUGGAAAGCGCAACGGCCCGAGGGUCAUGUGGAGCUGCCCCAAUGUCAGGUAGGUGCGAAAUACGAGCAGCAGUAG